AAUCCUAGGCGGAGAAAUCUGACGCAGCGGUUCGGUUUGCCACUGCCGGGCCUUUGACCCAGGCUCUGAGCGUUGCAUUCCCGGCCUCCGACGUUAUUAUUCGUCUCCGAACAUUCCAUCCAGUGGUCCGAACGUUCCAGCCCGGCUCAGCUAUGACAGCUCAUUCUUUCGCUGUCCCCAUGGUUAUUUUCACCACCUUUUGGGGCCUUAUCGGUAUUGCCGGGCCCUGGUUCGUGCCCAAAGGACCCAACCGCGGGGUCAUCAUUACCAUGUUGAUCACCACUGCCGUCUGCUGUUAUUUGUUCUGGCUGGUGACCAUCCUGGCCCAGCUGAAUCCUCUGUUUGGGCCGCUGCUGAAGAAUGAGACCAUCUGGUAUAUCAAUUUCGUGUGGGAGUGACCAGCCAUCAUCCCCUGCCCCAGCUUCUUCAGUCCUCUUGCCCUUCUGUUGAUUUCAGGCCCAGUCAACCCUGAUGGCCCUCACAUUUCUGCAUCCCUGUGUUCUUGGUAUUACUCGUUCAUCCCUUCAACUUGGUCACUCAAACUCAGACCUUCCUAUUGGACUUGAUCCGGAGCCCAGCCAAAUUCUAGGAAAUUGCCUCUUCCUUGGGAGGCCUGGGCCCCAAGGGAGGGGGAUUCUUUACCAGGCAAGAGUGAAAGGAUUCUUGGCUUCUAGCACUCCCUCCCUGCUUCUCUCCAGUCAUACUUAGUCCCUCAACCAAAUGUGUGAUGUUUCUUUCUACAAAUUCUACUGAGUGCAGAGACCCUUCCUAACCCAAAGGUGGGACCCUGUUGAGUCAGUCCAAUAUUCCCAGGGCCUGGGAUUGAGUUUAUUGGUUAAGAGGUGGUAUUGUUUAGAGAGUACUUUGGAUCCUGAGUGUGGAGACCUGAAAUAUUCCUGCACAAGUCAUAACCUGUUUAAGCCUCACUUUUCCUUAUGCGUAAAAUAAGGAAGUUGCAUUGAGAUCCCUUCCAACACUACCUUUUAUUUUCCUUUUAUGAUUCUGUGAUGUACUUUGAUGUAAAAUUUAUGGACAUUGCAAGCCAUGGGAAUGGGGUAGGGAUGGAUUUGUGACUUUCUUUUCUUUUUUGGAAAAGCCUAGGUUUGGUGUAAAAACUGAAUUAUGUGAAAUAAUCAUUAAUGUUCUUUUUAGAGCUAAAGUCACUUUGCUAAGGAAAGUAUAAGUAUAAUUAUCACGUAUACCUUGGUCUGCUAAUCAAGUGAACUUGCUCAUUUUUUGGCAAAGAGUAAAAGCCUAGAAUAAAAUUGGAAACUGAGAUGAAA